AUGACUUUCGAAAUCAAAGAUAAAGUCGCACUAGUUACUGGAGGAGCCAGUGGUAUUGGUUACAGCAUUGUAAAGGCUUUAAUUCAAUAUGGAAUUAAGGGUGUUGUCAUUGCCGAUGUUAACGAAGAACUAGGUAGGAUGGUUACAAACGAACUUAACAGUAAAUUUGGAUCGUCUAAAAUUGUUUUCCAGAAAACUGAUGUUGGCAAACAAGAAGAUUUUGAAAGAGCAUUUGAAGUAGCAGUAAAGAAAUUCAAACACAUUGAUAUUCUCUUUAACAAUGCUGGUGUUUUGGAAGAAAAUAAUUGGGAGAAAUGCGUAAAUGCUAAUAUAAAAGGGGCCAUAAAUGGUACUCUUCUGGCUACAGAAAAGUAUCUGCGAAAUUAUAAAAUCGGCGAUGAAGCAGUUAUUGUAAACACUUGCUCAAUAGCGGGUUUAAUAAAUAUUCCUGCAAUGCCCAUUUAUUCUGCAACCAAGGCAGCAAUUAUUAAACUUACGGAAUGUUACGGUCAUACUUACAAUUACAAUUUAUCAAGGACCAAAGUAAUAGCAAUUUGUCCAGGUAAAACAGAAACUCCUAUAUUGGAUAUGAAAGAUUUCGUUAGGCCUGAAUACAAAUCGGUAAUUGAUAAUAUGAAAGAAAAUUUCGAUGGACAAAACCCAGAUUUUGUAGCAAAUGAAACCAUGCCUCUAGUGCAGCAAGCUCCUACUGGAAGUGUUUGGGUAAUUGAAGAAGAGAAGCCAGCAUAUCGGUACAUUUAUGCUGAUAAAGAUUCUUUUAAAAAUAAUAUGUUGUAA